CUAUAAGUACCAUCAUUAUACUUAUACUGUUCUACCAAGAGCAUGCACAACAGCAACCCUGAAUUGAACAGGAUUCCAUUGUCUCUCUGUUUUCAUUGAGUUGCAUUGAAUUGCAUUUGAUUGAUUAUAAUGCCUGCUGGUGCUCUGGUGUGGACGCUCAAUUCUUCUGGGCCAAGGCAGGUGGAGUUUAAGUUCUUGAGAGUACAUGGGACAUUUGAUGUGAAGCAGCAGAAGCUGAAAUGCAGAGCUACAAUUGCUGAGACCCACAGAAGUGAUGUUAUGGAUCCCUCACAGAAACCCAUCAUGACUUGUACAGAGCAGAAGGUGUAUGAUGUUGUUAUGAAGCAGGCUGCUAUGGUGAAAGAGAGGAAGAGAAAUGCCUUCCUGGAUGUCAAGCCUGAAAUUGCAUCUCCUUCUUCCAUUGAGCUGCUUGAUGAAGCCUAUGAACGCUGUGGUGAAGUCUGUGCUGAGUAUGCCAAGACUUUCUAUCUGGGAACAUUGCUGAUGACCCCGGAGAGAAGGAAGGCUAUUUGGGCAAUAUAUGUAUGGUGCAGGAGGACGGAUGAGCUUGUGGAUGGCCCCAACGCUGCACACAUAACACCUGCAGCACUUGACCGAUGGGAAAAGAGGUUAGAGGAUCUCUAUGAUGGCCGACCGUAUGAUAUGCUAGAUGCAGCUUUAUCUGACACAGUUUCAAAAUUUCCAGUUGAUAUCCAACCUUUCCGAGACAUGAUCGAGGGCAUGAGACUGGACCUAAUAAAGUCACAAUACAAGAACUUUGAUGAGCUCUACCUUUACUGCUACUAUGUAGCUGGGACAGUGGGCUUAAUGAGUGUUCCUGUGAUGGGAAUAUCUCCAGAUUCCAAAGCAACAACAGAAAAUGUUUACAAUGCUGCCUUGGCUCUAGGAAUUGCUAACCAGCUAACAAACAUAUUGCGGGAUGUUGGAGAAGAUGCUCGCCGCGGAAGGAUAUAUCUUCCUCAAGAUGAACUUGCACAGUUUGGACUAUCAGAUAAAGAUGUGUUUGCUGGAGUGGUGACUGAUACAUGGAGAGCUUUCAUGAAGAACCAGAUAAAAAGAGCAAGGGUGUUCUUUGAUGCUGCAGAGCAAGGUGUUUCCGAGCUUGAUAAAGCUAGCAGAUGGCCGGUGUGGGCUUCCUUGAUCCUUUAUCGUCAGAUAUUAGAUGCAAUUGAAGCAAAUGAUUAUAAUAACUUUACUCAGCGAGCCUAUGUUGCAAAAGUGAAGAAGUUUCUUUCAUUGCCUAUGGCUUAUACACAAGCGUUUCUCAACCCUAAAAGUAUUUCUAAAAUUGCUCGGAAAUAACGAUAAAUGUGUUAAUUCUUUUAGAGCCCUUCAGAUUGAAAAUGGUGCUAUGUAAAAAUGCGAUGCAAUGCAAACCAUGGAGAGAAGCAUUUUUCCUUAAAUCAUGGAAGCCAUGUAAAUUAUUUUUAAUUGAAAUUCUAAAAUCCAUAAGCUGAUGCAAGGUUCUACUCA